CAUUUAGCAGUGAGCAGAACAGAUCUGAACCCCACUUCACUCCCCCACAUACCACUUCAUUAAUAUUAUAAAGAAAAAUAAUAAUAAAAGGGCAGAUAAUGUGACAGCCCGGUGACUAACCGUAUUUUGCUUUGCAUUUCGCAAUGGCAGAAGUAGCAUUGCAUUGCAUUUCAUCUUUUGAGGUACAUAUCAAGCUGUCUCAACCUCUCUGAUAAAACAAAGCUGCCAUUUUACCUCACACAGGAAGAAAAUAAAAACUUAAGCAACCAAGCAAGAAAGAAAGAGCGAUGAGGCAGGGAGCAGCAGCAACCAAUUAAGAUGAUGAAUAGGAAUCUAAGGGAAUCGCUGGUGAGCGGCGGAGGGAGGAAUAACAGUAAUAACAUUUCGCAGGCCUCCCUUCAUCACCGCCGUGGCAAAAUUUUUAACGCUGGAUUGUUCCCCAGGGAUUCAGACGAGAAUUUGGAUCUUUUCUCAAAGAGUCGCCGCAGCCUCUCCGUUGCCUCCUCCGAUGUAUCAGUAAAACAGGGAAGAACAUCACAUGGAUCAGAUGAUCUACUUUCUUCGACAGAUGGAGGAAAGCAUGAUUAUGACUGGCUUCUAACUCCUCCUGGAACUCCAGUCUUUCCUUCAUCUGAGGGAUCGGAAUCUCAGUCAGCUCCAAGAAGCAAUUCCAAAGUUAGAUCAGUUUCAACCACAAAGGCUUCAAGGCUUUCAGUUUCACAUUCUGAAAAUAAUCCUUCCUCGAGACCUGCUAGAAGCAAUUCAGUCACUCGACCUUCUCUCUCUUCUUCAUACAAUAACUAUUCAUCAAACAGGGGCAGUUCAAUUCUCAAUACAAGCUCAGCUUCUGUGUCAUCUUAUAUUAGACCAUCAUCGCCUAUCACCCGCUCAUUAUCUACAACAAGACCUUCAACCCCAUCUUCACGGUCAACAUCAUCGCGGCCCUCAACUCCUUCGAAAGUCCGUCAAUCUCCAACAGGCUCUUACCUUGACAAGAGUAGGCCCUCACAAAGUUCAAGACCGUCGACUCCAACUUCUAGGCCACAAGUCCCCGCAAACUUGAACUCAACAGCUGUUCGUUCGAAUUCUCGCCCAUCAACUCCCACGCGUUGGAAUCCAGCAGCUUCUUUGUCUUCACCAGUUAAUCCUUCACCUUCUUCUAAUGGGCACACUGUUUCAAAUGGUCGCACUGCAGCUCCAGCAUCUCGACCAAGCUCCCCAGGUCCACGAGUCCUCCCCCCGCAACAGCCAGUUGUACCCCCUGAUUUUCCUCUUGACACACCACCAAACCUUAGAACAACUUUGCCUGAUAGGCCAAUCUCUGCCGGUAGGUCCAGGCCCAGUGCUUCUGUUACCACGAAGACAAACCAAGAUACUACCAGCUCUAUAAAUAUGCCAAGAAGACAUUCUUCACCUAUUGUCCCGAGGGGAAGACUCACCGAACCUCCUGGAAGGACUCGGGUCCAUUCCAAUGGGCAUUCAUCUGACAUACACGAGUCACGGAAGAUCUCACAUGCCUCCGGUUUGGCUAUGCGGAAACCUGUAAAAUCUUCAACAACCACUGCAGAUGGCACAGGAUUUGGAAGGACUAUCUCAAAGAAAUCACUGGAUAUGGCUAUUAGGCAUAUGGACAUAAGAAGUGGCACAGGGAGUGUUCGUUCCCUUUCAGGCACAACGCUUUUUCCUCAGAGCAUCCGAUCUGCAUCUGUAAAAACCCAAACUCUUCGUUCCUUAAGCACUUCAGACUCUGUGAAUAGCAAUGGAAGCUCUUGUAGCAUGAAAAAUGGAGACUACUCUGAGAAUGGAAAUAGUACAAUGAGAGCUGCAGAGAACGGAAGUGAUUCCCAUGAUGGAAGAUACUCGGCCAAAUUAAGUGAGGUGGACAUCUAUGAGAGUUCCCGUUAUGAUGCAAUAUUUCUAAAAGAGGACUUGAAGAAUACGAAUUGGUUGCAUAGCAUUGAUGAUAAAUUAGAUCGAGCAUCCAUCUUUGAUAAUGGAUUCGAGUCUCUGCCUGAACCAUUUGAGCUAUUAUAACAUCUAAGAAGUGGUUUAUUUUUUCUCUAGGAAUUCAUAGUUAUAUAUUUUUCUCUCAUAAUUAUUUGGUUACUUUGCAAGAAUGUAAUCCUAAAGCUUUUACCACUGAAAACGAGGAGUGAAGAAGGCAAAACGUGUUUCUGCAAAAGAUAAUCUCAUCUUUAAUUGGUCUUUCUAUUGUCCA